AUGACAAUCAAGACAAAGUUGAAAGGAAAGGGGAAGAGCAGUGGAGUGCCCUUGGAUCCUCGAUCCCCUCCCUUUCAACCCUUUACCUCUAGCGCAGGCAUGAGGCCUUCAUGGCUAGAUCCAGGAGAGGAUACAAAGUUGGCAGAUAGUAACCCUUACUCUGCCCGUCUACCGGUCAUGACAGUAGAUGGGACCGCCGUCUCGGGCUCUUCAACGCGACAAAGGUGGCAAGCCCCAUACUUCCAUAUGAAUAACGAAUUGCCAACUCAAUGGGUGACACCUCGACCUUUCGAUCCUACUGCUGUCCAGCCAUAUCGACCCACACCAGGGGGCCUCGCGGAGGCGUUUGCUGACGACCAUGGCACCGCCCCGGACAGGCUUCGAAAGCCAUUAUCAACACCCUUAUUCUCGCCCUGCGUACCCCCAUCUUUGCUCAGACCUUCCGACAACAACCAGCCAAACGUCUCGAUAAUCCAGGAAUUCUCGUCUCCUAAUCCGUCGUGCCAGGAAGAAGAAGUGCUGCUUCGACGCUUCAUUAGGUUUGCGACGGGCCGUAGGUGUCCAAGAUGCAAGCGUGGCGUCGCAAUUGAGAGCAGCACCAUCUUCCAACACGCCAGUGUCAUUCUUCUAGAUCGAAAGACUAUCGAACUGGGCAGCCAUUAUGUUAGAUGCUCUUGCGGGAUCUCAUACUGUUUCGGCUGCUCCCGAAUCGGAGAUAAUUUAAGGACGCCAUUCGCCGGUUCCAAGUCGACCAAAUGGUGCUGCCCCCCUGGUCGACUUUUCCACAUCUUUGCUCUCCUGUGCGGCCCGACCGCCCACGCUGCAAACCCGCGGGUAUCUAUCUUUCAAGACUCCCAAGUGGACUCGAUCGAGAAGCCCCCCAAAACCGAGAAAAAGUCCGGGUCGAGAUUCAAGAGCUACUUCAAGACCAGCGAUGACCAAGGCACAUCUAAAGGAACGGGCUACGCAACGGGUAAGCUCGACAGAAAGAACGAGAAGCCCAAUGAACUCGCCUGUAUUCGCCGCGAAGACCUUGAGAACAGCAUGGUCCGGUUACCCAGGCUUUUCGCCGCGCUUUCGAUAGCAUGGCCUUCAACUUCCAACUACUCUCAGUUUGAUCGAAAUCCUCCACCGUUGUUAAUGGUCAUGGCUCGCCGAAGCCCGCUGAUGAUCAGGAUGGCAGAGCUUCUUCGGAAUGAUAGCAUGCAAGAGAUUAUGCGGCAACGAGUUCCAUACCAAGCCCUCUUCGAUUUCCUUCACGUGCUCUCAGCACACCCUGCUACAACCCCGCUAGUCUGUGAUGUUCGAAUCAGCUAUCCUCUCGCCCGCACUCUACUCCCGGUCUGCUUCGGAUAUGGCCCUCUUCCAGUUUUAGACAGGUCGUCUAGCUCCAGUGACGAUGAAAAGGGGAAGGGGAAAGCGGUGGAGCUUGAAGAGAAGCAGGACCAGUCUCAAGAAACGCUCAAGUCGUUAGUGAGUCUACUUUCUGCCUUGAGAGUCCAGGCGGAAUCGGUGAAGCGACUCUACAAACCCAGCCCCGGGGGUCUCUCUCAGACGAUAGUCAUGUGCGACCGUAUUUGCGAGAUCUCCCAACAACUCGAAGAAGAAACACUCAAAAAGGACGAGAGGGAAGUGACUAUUGACGAAGGAAGCAACCCUCCCUCUCUGACUUACUCACAAUCGACCGUUUCGUCAGUGGCAGAAUCACCCACCAUUCCCGAUGACAAGGAGGAGAGACUCACAGCCGCCCGGCAAUGGCUCAUCGAGAACAAGGUGCGGGAGAUGGAUUCCCAAAGAUGGCAAAGUGACUUCAAGAUUCCCAUCCCAGACUCGGAGGCCACCGCCCCCCGCCGUAUGAAGAAGCUCGUGAUGGAGCUCUCCAUGCUGCGUACCACGCUCCCCGACGGCAUCUUUGUUCGCCACGACGACACGCGGUUGGACGCCAUGAAGGUCCUCAUCGUCGGACCGGAAGGUACGCCGUAUGAGAAUGGGCUCUUCGAGUUUGAUCUGUUCUGCCCUCUCGAUUACCCAGAGAGGCCACCUAAGAUGGUCUUCAGAACAACGUACAGCCGUCGAAAGUUCAACCCGAACCUAUAUUCAAAUGGCCAAGUCUGCUUCUCCCUCCUCGGCACCUGGACAGGCAGCGCCACCGAGAAUUGGGACCCCAAGAAGUCCACCCUCCUCCAGCUCCUCGUCUCCAUCCAUGCCAUGAUCUUCAGCCCGGACCCGGUCUGGAACGAACCCAACCAGGCCUUCUCCCCGGCAGCCUCGCUGGUUUACAAGACGGAGAUGCGCGCCGACACCCUCAUCUACGCCAUGAGCCACUGGCUCCAUCUGCGCAAGAACGCCCACCCGGCCGCCGAGUAUAACCCGUGGUUCGAGGUCGUGGCCCGCCACUUUGAGGUAAAUUGGCGACGGAUCCUCGAGACGGCCGAGAUCUGGGCCGCGGAGGACCCGGGAAGCCAGCGCAAGGCCGAGAAUGAGGUGGGCAUGAUCAUGAGGGAGAGACGCUCCAAAGAGAGGUUUCCCUGCGGGAUCCGGACGCUAAAGGGGCACUUUGCCGAGUGGGCUACUUCCGAGGAGGAGCUGGCGCUCGUGAGGCUUGGUCCCGAGGAUGAUGGCCCGAUCUAUACACCCGUAGGAAUGCCCUUGGAAAAUAGGCUUGAUCUAGACUUUGACAUGUCUCCGCCCAUGUCUGACGCCGACGGCGAAGACGAGUCCGAUGGAGAGUUUAAUCUACCACCAGCGAAUAGCACGCCCAAUGUACCGCCACCCGUAUCUCACCCUCAACCGGAGUUUCACCCUUUCCUACCUUAG